AUGAGGUUCACCGUCACCUCCGUCGUGGCCGUCGUGGCCGCUGCCACCACCGCCGCGUCGGCAUGGCCCACCACCUCGAAGCGCGACGACCCGGACACCUCCGACGCCAUCGCCCCCUCCCCCUACGUCCUGGGCCGUGACGACCGCGGCGUUCCCUGGAAGCCCUGCACGCCCGAGGACACGGACAUGCUGGUCCUCCACACGUCCAUGGACGACUUCCAGAGGACGCGACAGUCGGCGGACCGCAUCGACUGCAACUGGCACACGGACAACUGCACCAAGUCGCCGGACCGGCCCGUCGGGUUCGACUUCCUCCCGAGCUGCCAGCGGCACGACUUUGGCUACCACAACACCAAGGCGCAGGGCCGGUUCGCCGACAUGAAGGACAAGAUCGACGACAACUUCAAGAGGGACCUGUACGAGUACUGCGACAGGAACAGGUACGAGUGGAAGCGCGCCAAGUACACCGAGUGCAAGGUCCUGGCCAAGACGUACUACGAGGCGGUGCACAAGUGGGGGAAGCGCAAGGAGGGACACAAGGCCGCGGCCGUCAACUUUGCACGCGGUGAGCGAGUCGUCAAUGCCACGGACGAGGCCGUUGAUGUUGAUGACCUUGUUGGGCGCGACGUGGAUGAGGACGGCGAGAGGGGUGCCUUGGAAGCUCGCCGUUUGCCUUGA